GUAGUUUGUCUGUGGUUUCUACUUUAUGUAUGUUCUGUGGUCGUUUGACGUUUGAUAAUUUGUUAAGUUUGCUGCGUCCUUCUUUUUGUCCUUUUUCUUUGGUUACGGCCUUUGGGGUAACCGAAGUAUAAUUUUGCUUCUUUAAAAGUUAUAAAAUGGGUUUCGUGAAAGUAGUGAAGAAUAAGCAAUACUUUAAACGGUAUCAAGUCAAAUUCAAGAGGCGUCGUGAGGGCAAAACUGACUACUAUGCACGAAAACGCCUUGUUAUACAGGACAAGAAUAAGUACAAUACCCCCAAGUAUCGUCUGAUUGUUCGUCUAUCAAACAAGGAUGUAACAUGCCAGGUGGCUUAUUCCCGCAUCGAAGGAGAUCACAUUGUCUGUGCUGCUUACUCUCAUGAAUUACCUCAAUAUGGAAUUAAAGUGGGUUUGACUAACUAUGCUGCUGCUUACUGCACUGGACUACUGCUGGCUCGGAGACUCCUUCAGAGGCUGGGCCUGGACUCUUUGUAUGCUGGAGCUACAGAUGUUACUGGUGACGAGUUCAAUGUAGAACCUGUCGAUAAUGGACCUGGCGCAUUUAGAUGUUACUUGGAUGUUGGUCUAGCACGCACAACAACUGGUGCCAGAGUAUUUGGAGCAAUGAAAGGGGCAGUUGACGGUGGUCUUAACGUUCCACACUCUAUCAAGAGAUUCCCAGGUUAUGAUGCAGAAGCAAAGAAAUUUAAUGCAGAAGUUCACAGAGCACACAUAUUUGGUCUUCACGUAGCUGAAUACAUGAGAAACCUUGAACAAGAAGAUGAAGACUCAUUCAAGAGACAGUUUGGCAAAUACAUCAAAUUAGGUGUUGCUGCUGAUUCAGUUGAAACUUUAUACAAGAAGGCCCACGAAGCAAUCCGUGCAGAUCCAUCUCACAAGAAGAAGGAAGAAAAGAAGGAUCCGGCCAAGCAGAAACGCUGGAGCAAACGCAAGCUGACGCUGGCUGAGAGGAAGAAUAGGAUCAAGCAAAAGAAAGAAUCAUUCAUCAAAAGAUUGCAAGCAGAAGCUUGAAAGGUUUACAAAUAAAAGCCUUGAAUGAUUAAA